UUUGCCCAGAUUCUAUUUAGUCCAGCAGGACUCAUCGGAAGGCUGAUAUUGCGUUGAUCGGACGCAGAAUGUCUUCUCCCUUGAGAUUUGACGGGCGGGUAGUUCUGGUGACCGGUGCUGGGGGAGGACUGGGCAGAGCAUAUGCAUUGGCUUUUGCUGAAAGAGGAGCUUCUGUGGUUGAUUCAGUGGAAGCUGGUGAAAAGCUUGUGCAAACCGCUCUGGAUGCUUUUGGGAAAAUAGAUAUUCUGAUCAAUAAUGCCGGGAUAUUGAGGGACCGUUCCUUUGCUAGGAUCAGCGACGAAGAUUGGGAUAUAAUUCACAAAGUUCAUUUGAGGGGAUCCUUUCUCGUAACCCGAGCUGCAUGGAACCAUAUGAAAAAUCAGAAAUUUGGAAGAAUAAUCAUGACUUCCUCAGCUGCUGGAAUAUAUGGGAACUUUGGCCAGGCUAAUUACAGUGCUGCCAAACUUGGCGUUUUGGGUCUGGGAAACACACUUGCAGUUGAAGGCAAGAAGUACAACAUCCACUGCAACACGAUUGCUCCCAUGGCAGGCUCCAGGAUGACACAGACAGUUAUGCCUCCAGCUAUGUUGGAUGCCCUCAAACCAGAAUAUGUGGCCCCUCUUGUCCUUUGGCUGUGUCAUGAAAGAUGUCAAGAGAACAGUGGACUGUUUGAGGUUGGAGCUGGCUGGAUUGGAAAAUUACGUUGGGAGCGAUCCCUGGGAGCCGUUGUCAGGAAUAAGAACCACCUAAUGACACCAGAAGCCGUGGAACAUAAUUGGGAAAAGAUUUGUAAUUUUGAUAAUGCCCAAAAACCUAAAGAAGUUGGAGGCAAAAAGCAUUGGCCACAAGUUACCCGAGUUUGCAUAUGAAUACACUCAUUUGCAGCCCAUUUUGUAUGCGCUUGGAGUGGGUAUGUCCACCAAGGAUCCGGAUAAUCUGAAAUUCCUGUUUGAAGGGAGUGAAGAGUUUUGCUGCCUUCCUACUUUUGCAGUCAUACCAGCACAAGCUUCCACGAUUGAUGGUGGCAUAGCCAGUAUUCCAGGACUCAAUGUUGAUUUAACAAGAGCUUUACAUGGUGAACAAUAUUUGGAGUUGUACAAACCGUUUCCUACAUCAGUACACACAUACCAUGGAAAGGAUCUUUUGUGCUAUAAUCAGUUCUCUAUCUUUGCUAUUGGAGCUGGAGGAUUUGGUGGAAAGCGAUCAUCCGAGAAAGCCAAGGUCACAGUGGAAGCCCCCAAGAGACCACCAGAUGUUGUAAUCACUGAUGCCACUACAGUAGAUCAGGCUGCCUUGUAUCGGCUUAGUGGCGAUUGGAAUCCUUUGCACAUUGACCCUGGGUUUGCAGCCGUUGCAGGAUUUCAGAAACCCAUAUUGCAUGGACUUUGCACUUUGGGAUUUGCUGCCAGGCAUGUUUUGAAACACUUUGCUAAUAAUGAUGUGACCAAAUUCAAGGCAGUUAAGAUUCGUUUUGCAAAACCAGUUUUCCCAGGGCAAACUUUGCAAACAGAAAUGUGGAAGGAAGGAAAUAGAAUUCACAUUCAAACCAAGGUCAAAGAAACUGGGAAUGUUGCAAUUGCAGGAGCUUAUGUGGAUCUAGUGUCAUCUUCUAUGCAGCCUUCAGCUAAGGAGCCUAAGGCAACAGAGUUGCAGAGCAAUCUUAUUUUUGAAGAAAUUGGUCGCCGUAUCAAAGAAGUUGGAAAUGAGCUGGUGAAGAAAGUAAAUGCUGUAUUUCAGUGGAACAUCAAUAAGGAUGACAAGCCUGCAGUGCAGUGGACUAUAGACUUAAAGAAUGGUUCUGGAGAUUUAUACCAAGGACCUGCCCGUGGAAAAGCUGAUACUGUUUUCACUGUGGCAGAUGAAGACUUUAUCGACAUAAUACUAGGCAAGAUCAAUCCACAGAAGGCAUUUGUCACUGGUAAGCUAAAAGUUAAAGGAAACAUCAUGCUGAGCCAGAAACUAGGGACGAUAUUACAACAAUAUGCAAAGCUGUGAAUUCCCUGCUGAAAUGAUUUACCUUCUGAAGCAAAAAAGAAACAAUUUCAGCUAGCAGGAGAAAGAAGUAGUUCUUUCAUUUUUUUUAGAACAAUCUGAAAUGUUAUGCUAAUUCUGUAUUAGAUAAUUUCCAAACUACUUUAUUGCUAAGAUGAAAGUAGUCUUGAUUCUUGCAGAUUCAGACAGUUGAUUAUUACUGUUUCUUCUCUUUUCUUCUAUAUUGCGAGGCUUUGUACCAGAUCUCCUCCGACUGGUAUCCUUAAUAUUGCAGAUGAUGGGGUUGUAUUAUACAAUUCACUGUGAAAGCAUCUUAUGGGAGGAUACUUGAUUUAUGUCUCUUCCUUAUUCUUCUUUAAUUAAAAAUGUAAUUAAUAUAUUUCUUAUGAAAUCUAAAUGUAAGUAAAUAAACUUUGAUACUAACCAGCUGA